AUGUCGACGGCGGCGGUGGAGGUGCCCCGGCAGGUGGCCAGGAAGUUCCUGGCGCGGCCGCAGCACGAGGGCGUCGGCGCCGUCGUCCGCCGCAGCAUCGGCAGGUUCGAGCUCAGGUACUUCGAUCCAUUCCUCGUCCUGGACGAGUUCUCAGUUUCUGCUCCGGCCGGGUUCCCCGACCAUCCGCACAGAGGCUUCGAGACCGUCACCUACAUGCUCGAGGGGGCCGUGACGCACGAGGACUUCGAGGGCCACCGCGGCACCAUCAAGGCCGGCGACGUGCAGUGGAUGACGGCCGGCCGCGGCAUCGUGCACUCGGAGAUGCCCGCCGCGCCCGGCACCUCCAGGGGGCUCCAGCUCUGGGUCAACCUCGCCUCCCACAACAAAAUGAUCGAGCCGGGGUACCAGGAGAUCCAGAGCAAGGACAUCGCCUCCACCACGUCGGCGGACGGCGGCGUGACGGUGCGCGUGAUCGCGGGGCAGGCCAUGGGCGCGCGGUCGCAGGUGAGCACGCGGACGCCGACCAUGUACCUGGACUUCACGGUGCGCCCACACUCCAUUGCGCCGGCGCGGCAGCCGGUGCCGGCGUCCUGGAACGCGCUCGUCUACGUGCUGGAGGGCGAGGCCUCGUUCAUCGGGGGCGCCGGCGAGAAGGCGGUGGGCGCGCACCACCUGGUGCUGCUCGGGCAGGGCGGCGACGGCGUGGAGGUGUGGAACAGGUCGGACCGGCCGCUCCGGUUCCUGCUCCUCGCCGGCGAGCCCAUCGGGGAGCCCGUGGCGCAGCUCGGCCCCUUCGUCAUGAACACCGAGGAGGAGAUCGACGCCACCGUCAACGACUUCGAGCUGUGUAUCAAUGGGUUCGAGAAGGCCAAGCACUGGAAAUCGCAGGCGAUGAUCGCGCUAGACCUAGAGUAGGGACAAAGGAUGGCACGCCGCGCACACUCACUGGAGAACACGUUCCACGUACGAGGUUAUUUAUUUGUUUAUUUAUUAUUCCAGGAAUUAGUGGUCGAUUUGCUAAGACAUCAGCGAUCAAUCGAUUUGCUAA